CUGCAGCUGAAGCCAGUCAAGAAAAAGCGAAUGAAGUGGGGGGUGAGCCAGAGUGGUUCCGAGGAAGCUGUAGUAGUCAUGACCACCCUCCAAGUCACGAAGGAUCCUGUCCUCAGGGGUGUAUCUCCUACCCCUAGCAAGAUUCCCGUCCGCUCUCAGAGACGCCCGCCUCUCCCCACAGUCAAACCCUGCGCCCUGGACCAGGAGAACCAAGAUCCAAAGAGAUUGGUGCAGAAGCUCAGCCUCGACUCAGCAGGCCCCAGGCCGAAAGUCACACAUCAAACAGAGAAAUCAGAGAGAUUGGUGGGGAGCACUCAGCUCCGGAACCCCUUGGAGGAACUGCGGCCUAGCCCUAGGGGACAAAAUGUGGGGCCUAGGCCCCCUCCCCAGACAGAGGCUCCAGGGACCAUAGAGUUUGUGGCCGACCCUGCCGCCCUGGCCACCAUCCUGUCAGGUGAGGGGGUGAAGAGCUGUCGCCUGGGGCGCCAGCCCAGUCUGGCUCAGAGAGUACUGAUUCGAGGGAGCCAGGGAGGCACCAUCCGUAGGGGCCAGGGUGCCCGGGCCUCUGCAUAUUUAGCCCCUAGGACCCCUGCCCACCGACUGGACCCUGCCAGGGCUUCCUGCUUCUCGAGGCUAGAGGGACCAGGACCCCGCGGCCGGACCUUGUGUUCUCAGAGGCUAGAGACUCUGAUUCCACCUUCAGGACCUUCCUUUCACCCCUCUGCUCACCCCAAUUUCCAGGAGCUAAGAAGAGUGACAGGUGGCGGCAGCCGGACUUCAGUGAGCCAGACCUCAGGAUUGCUCCUGGAGACCCCAAUCCAGCCUGCUCCCUCUCUCCCUGAAGGAGAACAUGAAGGUGUUACUCGCUCAGAUGAAGGCGGAGGGGGCCCCCUGGGUCUGGCCCAGCGGGUGCCAUUAAGAGAGAGAACCUACGCCAGGGACAGCAGUGCCUCCCACCUGAUACCCUCCCCUGACCGUGUGGCGCCACCUUCCAUCACCCAUCCGUCACCCUUUGGACGGGCUCAGCGUGUGCCCUCUCCUAGCCCCUCAGCUCCAACCUCGUAUUCGGUUUUGCGGCGUCUUGCCAUUCGUCCCAAAACCCAGUUCACACCCAUCCUAUCGGCCCCCAGGGUUCAGCAGGCCAAGGGUUUGAGUGGCCUCUCCCCUCAGUCAUGCCCGGAAGAGCCUGCCCUGCCCUGGGAGCAGAUUGCAGUCCGGUUAUUUGACCAGGAGAGUUGUAUGAGGGCGCAGGAGGGGCCUGGGAACCCCCCUGUGGCGACUCCUCACCCUAGUACAAGCCCCAAGCUCCGGGAGCUGAAGAUGCAGCGCAUCAGUAUCCUGCAGCAGCUGUUGCGACAGGAGGUAGAAGGGCUCACUGGGGGCAAGUGUGCCCCCCUUAAUGGAGGCUCCUCUCUGGAAAUGGUUGAACUUCAGCCUCUGCUGGCUGAGAUUUCUAGAACCCUGAAAGCCCCAGAGCAGAAUUCAGGGGCCUUACACCUUCCUGGACUGUUCCAGGGCUCUGGGAUAGCAGAGUCCUGCCUUCCAGAGAAGUGUGAGGAAGCACAGCCCCGCCCAGGAGCAAAGCUGGGGAUAGCUCAGCCCCGCCCUCCAGCAGAGCUAGGGCCCCCAGAAUCUGGCCAUAGGAGGGAGCCUGGGAUACCAGAAUUCUCUGCCCAGGAACAGCCUGAGGUAUCAGAGCCCUGCCCUCCGGUAGAGCCCGGACGCCUGCAGGCAGACUCCCACAGGCGGACUGGACUCCUAGAGCCCUCCCCUAGGCCAGAGCCUGGGGCAUCAGAGGCCAGCUCCCUGGAACCUAGAAGUCCAGAGUCCAGCCCACAGCCCUGCUGCAGUCAGUGGGCUCCAGCGACCACCAGCCUGAUCUUCUCCUCUCAACGCCCACUUUGUGCCAGCCCCCGUAUUCACUCACUCCAGUCUCUGAGGCCCCCGAGAGGCCAGGCAGGUCCCAGCUGUCUUGCCCCUCGAACCCUGGCCCUAAGGCAGCGCCUCAAAGCAUGUCUGACUGCCAUCCACUGCUUCCAUGAGGCCCGCCUGGAUGAUGAAUGUGCCUUCUACACCAGCCGAGCCCCAUCCUCAGGCCCCACCCGGGUUUGCACCAACCCUGUGGCCACGUUACUGGAAUGGCAGGAUGCCCUGUGUUUUACUCCAGUUGGUUCUGCUGCCCCACGGGACUCUCGGUCAUGAUGCAUCCACCUCCUGCCCUGCCUUGCUCCUUCCUUUUAGCCCUUAUUUAUUGUCCGCCCCAUGAGA